AUGGGUUUAGGAAAGACUAUUGAAGUGCUCUCUUGUAUUCUCGCGAAUCCCAGACCAGUCAUCAGUGGUUUGAAUGACAACUUCAGUGAAUAUAAUAAACUGGAUCUAAUUGACUGGUCCUCUAGCGGACAUUCUUGGGAAUGGUUUGCAUGCGUUUGCGGUCUUAUAUCUAACGUAAGAAAGUAUCGAAAGAAAAAACUCGUACUUUUCGACCAAAUCGCUGAAAAUGAUGACAACGAUAGCGAUGACACCGAAGUGGACGACGAAUACACGGAACAAAUGGAUGAAAAACUAAUCGAUUACUCAAAGAUAGUGGACACACGUGGACGUAAACGGCGUGAAAAGCGAUUCAAUGAGAAAGUGUUGGUCCGGUGUCGGGGUUGCGGUUCAUACCAACACGCGGUUUGUGUCAACUAUAACACCGCAACCCUUAGGCCCUACUUUUGCGGCCACUGCUGGGCCAGGGAUACCAUGAAACGGCUCGACUCGAGAGCCACACUAAUAGUGAGCCCGCGAUCUAUUAGCCAUCAAUGGCAGGACGAGAUCACCAAACAUGUCGACUGC